UGAGAGAGAGAGAGAGAGAGAGAGAGAGAGAGCGAGAGAGCGUGAGCGCGCGCAAGCUAGCGAGCAAACCAGAGAGACAGACCGAGAGAGGGACCAGGAGAGAGACCCAGAGAGAGAAGAAGAAGCCAGAAGCCGAGCUCUGUCAGGGCUCAACCUCCAACUUGUUUCAGUUCAUUCAUCCUUCUCUCCUCUCCGCUCAGACUGUAGAGCUCGGUCUCUCCAAGUUUGUGCCUAAGAAGAUGAUAAUCACACAAACGAGUCACUGUUACAUGACCAGCCUUGGGAUUCUUUUCCUGAUUAAUAUUCUCCCUGGAACCACUGGUCAAGGGGAAUCAAGACGACAAGAACCUGGGGACUUUGUGAAGCAGGACAUUGGCGGGCUGUCUCCUAAGCAUGCCCCAGAUAUUCCUGAUGACAGCACUGACAACAUCACUAUCUUCACCAGAAUCUUGGAUCGUCUUCUGGACGGCUAUGAUAACCGGCUGCGACCUGGGCUUGGAGAUGCAGUGACUGAAGUGAAGACUGACAUCUACGUGACCAGUUUUGGCCCUGUGUCAGACACUGACAUGGAGUACACUAUUGAUGUAUUUUUUCGGCAGACAUGGCAUGAUGAAAGACUGAAAUUUGAUGGCCCCAUGAAGAUCCUUCCACUGAACAAUCUUCUGGCUAGUAAGAUCUGGACACCUGACACCUUCUUCCACAAUGGCAAGAAAUCGGUGGCUCAUAACAUGACCACGCCCAACAAGUUGCUCAGAUUGGUGGACAACGGAACUCUCCUCUAUACAAUGAGGUUAACAAUUCAUGCUGAGUGUCCCAUGCAUUUGGAAGAUUUUCCCAUGGAUGUGCAUGCCUGCCCACUGAAGUUUGGAAGCUAUGCCUAUACAACAGCUGAAGUGGUUUAUUCUUGGACUCUCGGAAAGAACAAAUCCGUGGAAGUGGCACAGGAUGGUUCUCGCUUGAACCAGUAUGACCUGCUGGGCCAUGUUGUUGGGACAGAGAUAAUCCGGUCUAGUACAGGAGAAUAUGUCGUCAUGACAACCCACUUCCAUCUCAAGCGAAAAAUUGGCUACUUUGUGAUCCAGACCUACUUGCCAUGUAUCAUGACUGUCAUUCUGUCACAAGUGUCGUUCUGGCUCAAUAGAGAGUCUGUUCCUGCCCGUACGGUCUUUGGUGUCACCACUGUGCUUACCAUGACCACCUUGAGUAUCAGUGCCAGAAAUUCCUUACCUAAAGUGGCAUAUGCGACGGCCAUGGACUGGUUCAUAGCCGUCUGUUAUGCCUUUGUAUUUUCUGCACUGAUUGAAUUUGCCACUGUCAACUAUUUCACCAAGCGGAGUUGGGCUUGGGAAGGCAAGAAGGUGCCAGAGGCCCUGGAGAUGAAGAAGAAAACACCAGCAGCCCCAGCAAAGAAAACCAGCACUACCUUCAACAUCGUGGGGACCACCUAUCCCAUCAACCUGGCCAAGGACACUGAAUUUUCCACCAUCUCCAAGGGCGCUGCUCCCAGUGCCUCCUCAACCCCAACAAUCAUUGCUUCACCCAAGGCCACCUACGUGCAGGACAGCCCGACUGAGACCAAGACCUACAACAGUGUCAGCAAGGUUGACAAAAUUUCCCGCAUCAUCUUUCCUGUGCUCUUUGCCAUAUUCAAUCUGGUCUAUUGGGCCACAUAUGUCAACCGGGAGUCAGCUAUCAAGGGCAUGAUCCGCAAACAGUAGAUAGUGGUGGCAGUGCAGCAACCAGAGCACUGUAUACCCCGUGAAGCAUCCAGGCACCCAAACCCUGGGGCUCCCCUUCAUGUAUUUCAGGAUUCUUCUUUUUACCCCUCUACCAAGCUGUGACCCUCAAUUCAUAUUUAUGAAUCUCUACAAAAAAAAUACCUACAGAAAAAGUACUUGUCCCUCCAAUAUUGCCCAGUAUAACCCCAUCAAAGCCAAACACUGCCAUUUGUCCAGUUGCUCAUCUUAGUCUGCCAAUCUCCCCUAGCUGAGGGCACUGCAUGUAUUUUAUUGCACUCUGCCCGCUGCAAAAAGAACAAGAGAUUCUACUCUCCAUAGUGGAAGCCUUGGCUGUUUGAGAGGCCCAGAACAAGAAUUGUUGACUGGCCAUCUAGAUCAGAUGACUCUAACUUACUAGGCAGCCAGGUUAGGCUAGGCCAUGUGAUCCUGCGUGCCACCUCCCCUGCCUUCAGCAAGGCCUACUAGGCAUAAGUACUGAUAGCAAAGGUGGGAGCCAGUUCUACACCCCCAACCCAUUUAUUGGUUUGGAAAUUAGUGGGGACAAUUGGUACUAACCACCAUCUACCAUGUAUGGCCAAAAUAAAUAGAACUAGCUCUGCCAGCCUGGCACCAAGAUGGCUGGUGCCCUGCCAUGUCCAGCCCCUCAGGAAAAUAGUCCCCUCCUUGGUAGAUCUCUCCUCCAGAAAAUCUUCUUCCCCCACUGCCUUUGGCACCCUUGUAGCCAACUGAGCACUACUUAAUUUGGACUCAUUACCACCUGUAAACUUUUCAGGAAAAAAAUGAUCAAGCAUUUUUUAUUUAAAUCAAAAAGUUGCAAAUAGAAACAAAGUGAUCUAGAUUUUAAAAAAAACCAUUUUUUUAAAAUAUGGGAGAGAUACAAAAGUCACCUCCCUGCCAAGGCAACUAGCCUAUACUGGAUUGGGUAAGAGAUUUGGAGUGGAUGGUAGUUGAGGAUUGAAGUCUGGCUCAAAAGAGAAGGCUACUGGCAGAUUAAAGUCAAAUUCUUCCUUCCAUACACUCCACAUUCCACACCCUGGCCCAGGCACUUUUCUCCCACCAUAUCGGGAACCUCUGGUCCUCUGUUGAUGCCGAUUCUAUGAGGGGUGAAUUGGAAAUUCAUACAAAUAAAUAUCUCUAGUCAAUAUUGAGUCAACUAGAUCAUUAACUUUAUUGCCAAUUUUAUAAUAUAUUAUUUAGAGGCCAUUUGUUCUUAAUCUUAAUGUGAGUAAAAGACACAGGCAUAAAUAUGCAAUUUUUAUAAGGUAGAUAAACUGAAUCCCAGAAGUUUGAAUGAUUUGCCUAGGCUCCUUACAAGUGUCUUUAAUAAAGAGCUAUCGUGCGCCCCUUUCCAAAGGCCAAAAUAAAGGACUGAGAAGCCAGGUCCACCGUGACCUCAGAAUCAGCACAAUCUCAGCGGGCCUUCUGGGUCACUAGUGGAACUUGGUUGGGCACCAAAAAGGUUUUUAGAAAGUCACAAUGUGUCACCCAAGAAGAUCACUUUUAAUAGUCUCGGCCCAAGAGAAUGAGACUGUUUAUGAUGGCAGCCCCAGCCACUUUGGCUCUGAAUACCUGCACUAGUCCAGAGUAUCCUAGAAGCCCAGGGUAAAGCCACAGAGGGCACCACAAGCAGAUUCUCCCUGCCCACCGGCUGAACAAAGCUCCUAAGGGGUGUAUCAUUAGCUGCUGGUUGCCUUUUCAUCCAUCCUUUCCCUGUCCCCUGCUUCCUUGCCAUUGCUGGGAUAAUGCAUGCCAGUCCCAUUAUUCCUAAGACUGUGUCUGUAGGUAAAUUCAUGACUAGAAGAGUGUAGUCUUGUGGAUAUGUGGGGAUAUGGGGGGUGGGAGGGCGGGGCUGUUAAUGGUUGUCUUAAGGAACUUAGAAUGGAAGCCUGAUCUUUGCCUUUCUGUAGAAAUUGUGUUUCCAAAUGCUUUGGUGCAAUGUUUAGCUGCUGUUUAUUAAACCCUUUCUGAAUUGUA